ACCAAAUGAAUAAACCCGAAUCAAAAGUCUUAAAGAAACGAUACGUGAGAUAAGAAAACGUGAGAGACAAAACAAAACCUAAAAAAAGAAGAAAGAAAAGAGAGAGAGAGAGAAACAAUACUUGAUACAGGGAAAAUCAGUGAAAUAAGGAGAAUUGCCUAAGAUGACCGGGGCAAGAGAGGCUCUCCCUUGAGACGUGGAAGCUUCGAGAAUCCCAAGGAGGAGGAUGGCAUUGAGGAGGAGCUGCGAUCACGCCCGACCAUGCCCUCCCCUGGCGCCGCCCCUUCUGUCUGCAGGAUUCACGCCCAUUCACGUCCUCGGUGGGGACAUGUCUGACUACUAGUGGGCUGAGGAGAGAGAGAGAGAGAGAGAGAGAGAGAGAGAGGGAAAGAAGAGAAAGGAAAGGAGAGAUAAAAAGCCUCGGCGAAUCAUCCCGAUAACGAGAGAGAAGAAGAGAGAAAAUCGAAUAAAGGACUGGAGGAGAGAGAGAGAGAGAGAGAGAGGGAGAGAGAGAAAGGCGAGUGCGAAGACCCCAAAAUAAAAUACGAGAAAGGAAGACGGCAAGAGAAGGGGAGAGAAAGAAGCGAGAGAGAGAGGGCCGCUGCCUGAGAGGGGACCAUGGCUCAGAAGGGUCAAGCAUGGCCGCCGGUGACGGGAUUCCUGCUCGUGCUCCUCUCCUUCUUCGCGGCUCCUCCUCGCCCUCUCCGCGCCCCCUGCGUCGCCCUCGGCCUCCUGCUCCUCCUGGGCCACAAGGGCGUCGCCGGACUCUGGACAGAGGACUGCGACCGCCCCCUCGGGAUGGAGUCCAGCGACAUCCCCAACGAAGCCAUCUCGGCGUCUUCAUCUCAUGACAUCAUCGUGGGACCUCAUAAUGCCAGACUGAACGUGGACCAGAACGGCGGCGCGUGGUGCCCCAAGGUGCCGGUGGACACCAACUCGCGGGAGUACCUGCAGGUGGACCUGGGCUCCGUGCACGUGAUCACGGCGACGGCGACGCAGGGGCGCUUCGCCAACAUGAAGGGCAUGGAGUACACGGAGGCGUACAGGCUGGAGUACAAGCGGCCCGGCCUGCCCGACUUCCGCACCUACAUCAGCAACGGCAACGAGGCACUCCGAAUCGCCUCCGAGUCAGAAAGAGUCAUUCUGGGAUUCGAAAUUAGGAGGAAAUUUCACGGUCGCUCACUGACUCUGAGUCGGGGGGUGAGUCGCUGGGGGCUCAGGGUGACUCGAGAAGGACUCAUUCUCUUCGCUGGCCUCCGAGUCGAGUCAAAAUCACAAGGCACGCAGAAGAGGUGA